AUGCUUCGAAGGUCUAGGAAGUCCAUUACGGGGAAAACUGUAGGUCCAGCGAAGGGCCCCACGAUCAAGCCGCAGUUGACAAGGAAGAUCAUACGGCGGUACCAUUUUAUUAACCAGCGAGCCAAGUAUAUACGACAGAUAUUGAAGAUUGGCGAUGCUUCAAGCAGCGGUGCCAAGGGAGCUUUUGCUGCUGGCUUUCAGGAAGGUUGGGGUUUGAGGGGUGAUGAUUUGAAGAAAUUUGACGAUGAGAUGGAAACCAUGCUCGUUCAAUUGAACAAGCACAGAGACGAUUCCCGUCUUUUGCAAAGAUGUCUAGGCUACAUUACAAGGGAAAUGGAGGCUGACGGAAGUCUUGCCAACUAUCAACUGGCUAGCAAAAUGGGACAGGACACUCGCAGAGGGGGGGAUUCUUCUAAGAUACUGGUUAAAUGGUUGAAGGACCUGAUUGCCGGUGGCAAACAGUCGGCAGACAACCUGACCGCUUUAGAGAUUGGUUCACUGAGUAAAGACAACCAGAUUUCUGUGAGUGGGAUCUUCAAAGAUGUCACCAGAAUAGAUUUGAACAACUCGAACGAUGCGAAAGGCAUCCUUCGGCAAGAUUUCAUGGAGCGACCCAUACCCGAAAAUUCCGCGGACAAGUUUGACCUAAUAUCUUGUUCAUUAGUGUUGAAUUUUGUCCCCACGCCGAAGGACAGAGGUCAGAUGUGCAAGCGGUUUGCAUGUUUCCUGAAGGACUACACAAGCGGGGUCCCCACAGAAGGGAACAACCACCACAGCUACUUGUUCAUUGUCCUACCGGCACCGUGCAUAACAAACUCACGAUACAUGACUCUCUCGCACUUCAACGGGUUGAUGCGCAGUUUAGGAUACGAGAACAUAAACUACCACGAAGCCAAAAAGAUCUGCUACUUUUUGUUCCAAAGAAACAAUUUUAACGAAAGCCAAGAGCCACCGCUACUACAGCAACAGCGCAAAUACCAAAGAAAGCAGAAGCUUAACGACGGUGCAAGCAUGAACAAUUUCAGCAUACAGCUGUGA